AUGGCCGCUCGGCACUCGCGCAAGUUUUUGCGACCUCUCCUCUACACAUCGGCGGCCGCCGCCGCAGGAGCAGGUGUUAUCUACAUUUCUUACCGUCCGCGAAAUAUUCCGGGCCUCGAAGCCCCUGCCGUUCCUCCGCCAGGUUACUACAAAGGCAAGCUGGUCCCGCCCAGUUUCCCUUCGAUCAAGUCUCGCCUCGAACAGAUUGAGGACCUCAAGCGCAGUGAGGAGGAGGAGGAAUAUGAUCUGCUUGUCAUUGGUGCCGGAGCCACUGGAGCCGGUAUCGCAUUAGAUGCCGCCACACGAGGCCUGAAGGUCGCGGUGGUGGAGAGAGAUGAUUUCAGUUCGGGUACCAGUAGUAAGAGUACCAAGCUGGUACACGGUGGUGUCCGUUACCUUGAAAAGGCCGUGUGGGAGUUGGACUACAACCAAUAUGCGCUAGUCAAGGAGGCUCUCAGAGAGCGCAAGUACUUCCUAAACACAGCUCCCCAUCUGUCAUCAUGGCUGCCAAUCAUGGUGCCUGUUCAGAAAUGGUGGCAGGCUCCGUAUUUCUGGGCCGGCACCAAGGCCUAUGACUUCUUGGCUGGUUCCGAGGGCAUUGAGACCUCGUACUUCCUCACCAAGAGUAAGGCCAUUGAUGCGUUCCCCAUGCUGAAGCGUGACAACAUCAUUGGAGCAAUGGUGUACUAUGAUGGUGCUCACAACGACUCCCGCAUGAACGUCUCCCUCGCUAUGACCGCUGCGCUCUACGGUACCACUGUCGUGAACCACUUGGAGGUCACCGGACUGAACAAGGAUGCAUCCGGCAGGCUGUGCGGUGCGCGCGCCAAGGACAUCGUCGCAGAGAAGAACGGCGAGGUCGCCAAGGAGUUCAACAUUCGCGCCAAGGGUGUCAUCAACGCCACUGGUCCCUUCUCUGAUUCCAUCCGCAAGAUGGAUGAGCCCAAUGUCAAGGAGAUUGUGGCCCCCAGUGCUGGUGUUCACAUCAUCCUGCCCGGUUACUUCAGCCCCUCAAACAUGGGUCUCAUUGACCCUUCCACCUCGGAUGGACGUGUGAUCUUCUUCUUGCCGUGGCAGGGUAACACCAUCGCCGGUACCACUGACCAGCCCUGUGAGAUUGAGGCUCAGCCCCAGCCCACUGAGAAGGAUAUCAACUGGAUUCUUUCGGAGAUUCGUGGCUACAUCGCCCCCGAUAUCACCGUCGACCGAAGCGACGUCCUUGCUGCCUGGUCUGGCAUCCGUCCCUUGGUGCGCGAUCCCAAGGUGAAGAACUCGGAGGCUCUCGUCCGCAACCACCUGGUGACCGUCUCUCAGUCCGGACUGUUGACUUGCGCCGGUGGUAAGUGGACUACUUACCGCCAGAUGGCCGAGGAGGCCGUGGAUGAGGCAGUCAAAUCGUUCAAGCUCAAGCCCCGCCAGCUCACCAGCCUUCCCGACAUCAGUGGUGUCGGAGGCAGUGGUCUGGUUGCUGACGGUGCCGUUCUCGAUGGUAGCUGCCAGACCCACCAGGUGCGCCUCAUUGGUGCCCACGGUUACUCCAAGACCCUCUUCAUCAACCUUAUCCAGCACUUCGGUCUCGAGACCGAUGUGGCCAAGCACCUCACCGAGUCGUACGGUGAUCGCUCAUGGCAGGUCGCUGCCUUGUCUUCCCCUACCAGCGAACGUUUCCCCGUGCGCGGCUGCCGUAUCUCCCCUAUGUACCCCUUCGUUGAUGGUGAGAUUCGCUACGCCGUUCGUCACGAGUAUGCCCAGACUGCCGUCGACGUGAUUGCCCGUCGCACUCGUCUGGCUUUCCUGAACGCCGAGGCCGCCCUUGAAUCCCUCCCCACCGUGAUUGACACAAUGGCCGAGGAGUUGAAGUGGACCAACGCCCGUAAGGAUCUCGAGUGGAAGGAUUCCUUGACUUUCCUUUCAUCCAUGGGUCUGCCUAAGAGCUUCAUGGGCCUGUCGCGUCAUGAUGUCCAGAAUGGCCGUGUUACGCAGGUUGAUGAUGCCGAGCGUGCGACUUUCUCCCGUAAAGAACCUCCCGCGGAUAUGAUUGAGAGUGACUCUGAUAUUGACCUCCAGUCGCUGCGCUCUGUGAAGCGCAAGUUGGACCCAGAGAACGAUUCUGUUGUACCAAAGCCAGAUUUGGAGGAGUCCGAUCCCUUUGGAGACGAAAGCCAAUCUGGCGUGAAGUACAAGACCAUGGCGUGGUGGCAGGAUGAAGCUUAUCCUUUCAACAGGCAAGCCGGCAUGAUCAUGAUCGCAGAAACCAUCUCGCUUGGUAUUCUCGCGCUGCCCAAAGCGCUUGCUGUUCUAGGUCUUGUUCCCGGCAUCCUAACCAUCCUCGGGGUUGGGAUCAUCUCGACGUAUACCGCAUAUACCAUCGGGCGAUUCAAAUGCCGCCAUGUCCAAGUGCACAGUAUGGCUGAUGCUGGUGAUCUUCUGAUGGGAAGGGUUGGACGGACUACACUGGAUGUGGCCCAGCUCGUCUUUUUUGUGUUGGUCAUGGGAAGCCAUAUCCUCACCUUUUCCAUCAUGAUGAACGUUCUCACCGAACAUUCAUCCUGCACCAUCGUAUUUUCGGUUGUCGGUCUACUCGCCUCGUUCAUGUUGACCCUUCCACGGCGACUUGAGAGGCUUUCUCACAUCUCCUCCGUGAGCUUUGUGAGUAUCGUCGGAGCGGUUCUUACUGGUAUGAUUGGAGUCACCCUUGUCAAACAAGGCCCAGUGGAGGUCCCGGCUUUUUCGCCUCCGCCCAAAGUGCAUGAUGCCUGCCUUGCUAUUGCAAACAUCAUAUUUGCGUACGCAGGACAUGUUGCAUUCUUUACCCUUUUCUCCGAGCUCAAAGAGCUCAAGGACUUCCCGAAGGCUCUGGCGCUUCUGCAGAUGAGUGAAAUGGUCUUGUACACAGUGGCUUCUAUUGUGAUAUAUGCCUAUGUUGGGCCAACUGUCAACUCACCUGCUCUCAAUUCUUCAGGACAAUUGUUUCGCAAGAUCUCCUAUGCAAUCGCACUACCUACGAUUCUGAUCGGGGGUGUGGUGAACGCCCAUGUUGCCGUCAAGUUCAUUUACGUUCGUGUCUUCCGGGGAACCAACUCGAUGCAUACCCAGUCAUUUAGGGCGCGGGUAGUGUGGACUGUUACAUGUGCGGGGCUUUGGAUCUUGUCGUGGAUCAUCGCCGAGGCAAUACCGGUUUUCAACGAUGUACUAGGGCUUGCGAGUUCCUUAUUUGCUAGCUGGUUUUCAUUCGGUCUACCUGGGCUAUUCUGGCUCUAUCUGAACCGAACUUGUUGGUACAUGACCUGGCGACAGAGGGCAUUCUUUGGCUUCAAUCUUUUUCUGGUGUUUCUUGGAUUCGUCAUUUGCAUUGUCGGGUUGUACUCGUCUAUUCGGUCGAUCUUUAACAACCUUCGCGAGGGUGUUGGAGGAGGUAGCUUCUCAUGUGCCGACAACUCCCUCUACUGA